AUGGGCGCGUGCGCGACCAACGGGUGGCAUUGCCCGCACCCGAGCUGCCGCUUCUUCAACGAGGACGACGAGCUGCCAUUCUGCCAGAUGUGCGCGCGCAUCCGUUCCCGCCUGGUGCAGCACUCGUCGGGCGAGUCGAGGCCGACAGGGCCCGGCCGCGAGGAUGGUUCUUCCGUGCAGCCCGCGGCCGGACAGGAGACGCCAUGGGAGAAGAUCAAGGCCGAAGCUAAGGCAAAAGCGGAGGCGGCGGCCGCGGCUGUCGCGGAGGAGCAGGCAAGAGAGGCUCAGCGCAGUGCGCCGCGUGGGAAUGCAUGCGACGCCGGCAACGAAUCAGCUGAUGCGGAUGAGCGUUCCCGGGGCGACUCGUCGGGUGAGGAAGAGUACCAGCAGCAGCUGAAAUCUCGUGCGCGAGCCUACAGAGCAGGGCAGGCGGAGCGAGAGGCACAGGCGCCGGCGGAGGCGGGACGUCCCAGCAGAAGGCCGAAUGAAUCGCCACCGACGACUGCGCGCCGUGCCACUGCUCACCACACCACAGCGCUGCAGUGGGACCGAGCGGAGGCGGCGUGGGCCAAAUUCGCGGCUCGAGGGCAGGAGAUCUGCAUGCGCGACGUGCCAUGGCCAUCGCUCGAUGCGGCAUCCCUACGUCUCGGGCCACGGCAGAGCGAGGCCGAGCGCAAGAGCGCCUAUCGCACACUCAGUCUUCGGUGGCAUCCAGACCGCUUCGUGCAGGCCUUUGGCGCAAAGCUUCGUGCGGACGAGCGCGAGGGUAUCCUGCAGAAGGUGACCGAGGUCUCGCAAACCAUCAACGCCAUGUUUCGUGACCACCUGUAG